AUGCAAAAUUGUUGGCCAAUCGAUCCCAAAUUGGUCAUGACUUGCGCCGACGUUGGUCUAGCUCUGCUCGUCCAGGGAAAGUAUGCAGAAGCAGAGCAUAUUAUUCAAAAGGCGUGCCUGGACAUUGAGAUUCUGCCGAAUCUAGAGGCGAUCGCUAUUCUUAACAGUCUCGGAUCGGCUUUGAAGAGCCAGGGAAAGUAUCAGGAAGCCGAGCAGAUAUUUUCGCAAGCAUUCGAGCGUCGAAAACAAGUACCAGGGUUCUGCUAUAAAGGUUGCAGUUAUGUCCGCUCUCGGUCUUCGUUCAGUACUAAACUGCCUGAGAAAGCAUGA